AUGCCCGGGCGGCAUCCAAGUGAGUCUCACUACAAGAAGAUCAGCGGGAACACAAUAGAAUCGAAGCAGUUUGUCUCGUCCUCGGGGCGGGGAGGCAAACACGCAAAGAGUAAAUACAGGCAGUCACAGACCUAUGUAUGGGGUAUCAUCGAUGGGGAGGGUACAUUAAGGGGCGGCGGCGGGUACAGUAACAUUGUGCCAUAUCGCAACAUGUCAGCGCGUUGGCAUUUGGGCACGUGCUCGGCCUAUCCAGACGUCAUAGUUGAAUGGGUACACCGGGUGGAAGCAGGUUUCACCCAUCUCUUGGGCAUUCACACUGUGCGCUCUCAAGCCGCUCUCGAUGCCCGGCGCCUUGCCGCUGCCACUGAACCCAAUGGGCCUUGGUCUUGCACCUAUUCUACCUACUACAAAUGCAUAGUCACCCAUGCUGGAGGGGUAGAAUUCUCAUGCCAUUAUGUCAACCAUGACAGAUGCCGCCUCUUGUCUGCAUCAAGAGAUGAGAUCAACACGUGGAAGAGGGACGUGCUCCCUGGGCUUUCAGCAUCAGCUGCAGAGCUGCCUGAGGAUGUAGACCAAGGAGAUUAUGGUCUCAAGGACAUGAUCAAUGUGUUGGGUGUCUUUGCCCCGGGGAGCAGUAUAGCGAAGGUCGUCAUGGCCACCUACCGCCUCAAUAAGUGGCCCAGCAACGACGACAGUUUCAGCAACAAAGACCACCGGUCCAUCAUUCCCUCUGGCUUGAAGCCUGUUGUUCCCUCCCCUGUUGUUCCCUCCCCUGCUGUUCCCUCUGGCUCGGAGUUGAAUCCUCUUGAGCCAGACAUGGAUGUACUAAGCAGUCUCAACAUUUACCAUGAUCUGCUCCAUGGCAAACUGACCAAGAAACCACGGUACCAGAGCCUGCCCAUGCCUAGCUUCCAUUUCACCAACCACAAGUGGACGGACCCGGCCAAUGAGCAGGCCAUGGAACAUGUGGAAAUGUACAACACGGAUGCUGCCAUGGAACCCGGUCAGCCUAUGUUGCUCCUCACUGAGGAGGAGAGCUGUACAUUGGUAGACUUUGUUGGAGUCUGGGUUAUAUUACUUGAAGUCAAGCAAUAG